GGAGAGAGAUGUCUAAGAAUUUGGCCAUAGAUGCAUGGGUAAGAGAAGCUCAAGAGGCAGUAAAGUUGGUGGAAGAUAUAGAAACAAGAGUCAAGAACAAGAGCUUAAAACAAGAAGAAAACCAACUGAGGCUUAGAGAUGACAUUGCUCGAUCCAAGCUUUUUGAAGUUGGAGUGAAGCUUGACCGCCUCGAAUCACUCCUUCACAACCCACCUUCUAAACCCAUCUUAACCAAUGAAGAUUUGGAAUAUCGAUGGAAGAUGCUAUCAGAUAUUCAAUUGAGGACAAAGUCUCUAGCCCUCUGUCUCUAUGCAAUGCCAUCCUCAAACAGGUCAGAGGGCUUACCAGUUGCAGAUACCAAAGAAACCAACAAAAAAGAUGGCAGUUAUGACCAUGAUCAAAAUAAGUCCUCUUUCGCCGAAAAUGAACCAGAGCUGCUCAAACCUCUUGUUUCGGAUGAUUCACCCCAGAGCGAUAUGCAGAUCACACAUUGCAGUUCUUUCAUUGAUUCAAUGCCUUUGUUUUGCAAGGUCUGCGGGAUUAUUUGCUCAAUUCUUGGAGCAGUUGCAUUUCUAUUUGUCUUGGUUAUCCUCUGUGCAGUUCUGUAA